GCUGGACUGGCUGGUGCAAACGCACGCUGUGUGGCUGCAGCUGGGACUGAGCCGGCCAGAAGCCACACGCAAACUGCAACCACAGCCCACUGGGGUGAGACCAGAUGCACUCACCUAGUCACAGGACCCAAUUCAUGUUCUACUAAGCUAACAUAUGGAAUUGUUUUUAAGGUCAUACCAUGGAUCAUUUAGCCAUUUGAUUUAGGAUUUUAGGACCCCUGUAGGCAUCAUACAAAUAUUGAAUGUGGCCUUUUAUUUGGCCUUCACUACUAUAGCCCAUAGAAAUGCGUUGAAUAACACAUUCAUACAUGUAAAAAAUGAAUCAAGGUUUUGAAGUGUCUGUCUUAUAUCUAGGAGAUGUAAGAAAGCUCAGGAAAUAAUGUUCUUUUUUUUUUUGGACACAUGUUUAACAAUAAAAAAAAAUUGCCACAAACUACCUUCAUACUUCCAUAAAAUGUUUUAACCAGUACCGUGUUGCCUUCAGACGAGUACCUUGACAGUUGUGGUGGUCGUAGAGCAAAACGGUAAAACUAUCAUGUUCGUGAGUCUCCCCUUUUCCAUAGUGGUCAUAUUAGUUAUUAGGCCAAACCAUUCGGACGCUACAGACCGAUUUUUCAGGAUGUCUCCUGGUCUGACAAACAGCGCUGUAGCUCUGUCACUUUCAACCUCAGAUGCGGAAGACAGACACAGGCGGAUGCAGUGAAUUGAGACGUGUCCCAUGCAACAACAAGAAAAACAUCUCUAAAGGAUUUUAUAUGUUAAUUCGAUUGACGGACGUUUCUGGUGAGAAAGUCAACUACCCUGCAGAGGAAGGUGAUCUCUCUGCGGAUGCACCAGGACACUGAGACACCCGUCAAAGAUUUCCCUGUGAAGGAGUGUCAAUACACAUUCUCCUUGGAGGGAUCGGGCCUCAGCUUUGCAGACCUGUUUCAUCUUGUGGCUUUCUGCUGCAUCAGCAGGGAUGUCUUGCCAUUCACUCUAAAGCUUCCUGAAGCCAUCUCUGCAGCCAGGACGCCAACAGGCUUGGAGGAGGUGGCAAAGCUAGGAGCAGGGUUCUGGGACUCUGAGCGUUGCCGCAGGAGGAGUUCUCUCUCCUCGUUGUCCAGGACAACCACCCACAACCAAUCACCUAGCCUGAGGCCGAGGUCCGUUUACACCCCCCUGGUCACCCGCACCCCGUCCCAGCUGGAGUGUUCCCAGUCCAAUGGGGCUCUCUGCUUCAUCAACCCCCUCUUCCUAAAGGUUCACCACCCAGAGGGUGGCAACCACACCUUUUCCUCCUACACCAGCCACCACAACAACAACCCCCAGCACCUAAACAAUAGCAGUACAGCUACAACUGUACAAGUACAACAACAGCACUGUACCAGCAACCCAGAUCGACUUAAAGACAGCCCUCAACCCCAUAGCGACAGCCCUCAGAGUGAUAGCCCUGGCAACAGCACCCAGCAUCAUAACAGCUGUGUCAGCGUGACCCGGGCUAACAGAGUUUCCCUCCCGCCACCUCCUCGCCCCCCACCUCCCUGCUGUGCCCCCCGUCGCCCAGCCUCCCCACAACGCCAGCGCAGCAUGCCUGAGAAGAUAUCUUGGAUCAACCCCCCAAAAGAGAAGGACCGGGUGGGAGAGAGGGAGAAGGGCAGUAGCCUUCUCUCCCGCCUGGGCUCCUCUCUCAGCAUCAGCCCAUCCUCAUCUUUCCUCUCCUCCUCUUUCCUCUCCUCCUCCCCUCCCAAGAAGCGUACCAUCAGUGCCCCCAUCUCUAUCCCCCUGUCCCUCUCCUCCCCAAGUGACGUCGACUGCCGUCUUGCUCUCGAUGACCAGACUAUUGAGAACGCCAUAUCUCUCAGUCUGGCUAAGCAGGCACUGAGAAACGCCACCAACCCCGAUGACAACACAGAGGGAAACAGUCCGUCCACUCAAGACCAAGCCCUCUCCUGCCGAGAGGAAGGAGGCGGAAGUGGAAGAGGCGGAAGUGGAAGAGGCGGAAGUGGAAGAGGCGGAAGUGGAAGAGGCGGAAGAGAAGAGGACUGCAUCCAGCGCCUGAGCGACAUGAGCAUUUCCACAGACGACUCCACCGACUCAGUAGACUUCUCCCAGGGCUUCUUCCCCCCACUCGCUGAACCCAGCCCACCCACCACCAAUAACCUGGUGCUGCCCCUCACCCACCCCUACAGCAGCAUGGUGGAAGAUGAUGAUGAAGACGAAGCAGACUUUGGAGUGAGCGUGGAGAACGACCAAGACCAGGACCUGACCAUCACACCUCCCGGGCUGCGCACCAAACGACGAGCCAGUGCCGGAGCCAUGGUCAUCCAGCAGGCCCUCAGGGGCCACUUCCGUAAGAUGAGUGGGGUGUUCAGCUCUCUCCUAACCCCUGAGAAACGGGCCAUACGGAGAGUCCUGGAGCUGUCCAGGGAUAAGGGCUCGUACUUUGGCUGCCUAGUGCAGGACUACUUGAGCUUCUUGCAGGAGGGAGGGGGCUGCCAGGCCUGGCAGUGCCACGCCUCAGGGCUGGAGCUGCUGCAGACGCUACGCCAGUUCAUCACCCAGAUGAAGAGCUACCUGCGGCAGAGUUCUGAGCUGGAGCCCCCCAUUGAGUCACUCAUCCCAGAGGACCAAAUUGACUAUGUCCUAGAAAAAGCCAUGCAUAAGAUAGUCCUGAAGCCCCUGAAAGGUGUGGUAGGGGCGGCCCUCCAGGAGUUCCAGGUCCGCAGCGGGGCGUGGCAGGAGCUCAAGGAGAACCUCUCAUUGGCCAAGGCCCGGCAGGCCCAUGAGAUGGGUGUGGCCAACGCCUUCCCUCCAGAUCCAGUUAACAUAGAGAAAAUCCGUCACAAGUUCCACACCAUGUGUAAACUCUAUUCACCUGAGAAGAAGGUGACCAUGCUGCUGCGCAUAUGUAAACUCAUCUAUACCAUCAUGGAGCACAAGUCAGGUUGUCUGUAUGGGGCAGAUGACUUCCUGCCCAUGCUGACCUAUGUGUUGGCCCAGUGUGACAUGCCUCAACUAGACAACGAGAUCCUCUACAUGAUGGAGGUUCUGGAUCCUUCUCUGCUGCAUGGAGAAGGUGGAUACUACCUGACCAGUGCGUACGGAGCCAUGUCCCUCAUUAGGAACUUCCAAGAGGAGCAAGCAGCUCGUGUACUCAGCUCUGAAACACGCAACACACUCCGCCAGUGGCACUGUCGCCGCACCACCCAGCGCAGUGCGCCCUCCGUCAAUGACUUCCAGAACUACCUGCGGGUAGCGCUCCAGGAGCUGGACAGCGGUUGCACUGCCAAAACUCUGCAGGUGCAGCCCUAUGCCACCACUGAGGAAAUCUGCCAGAUCUGCGCCUACAAGUUUAAAGUUCCCGACCCUGAGAAUUACGCCCUAAUCCUGCUCACUGAGGGCUCAUGCCAGCAGCUAGCCCCCGACACACACCCCCAGAAGAUCAAAGCUGAGCUCCACAGUCGACCCCAGGCCGCACCUUUUCACUUCGUCUUCUGUCGGGUGGCUAACCUCAAUGACCUGGCCGCGACCUCGUUUGAACCCCAGUCCAACCUCAAUGACAUCACACUUACCAAAGAAUCUGAGCCCAACCUUAAUGGUGUGGCCUUGACCCCUUCUAACCCCCAGGCCAACCUCAACCUGGGUCUCAGUCCCAGUCUCAGCCUCAGUCUACCCCCCAACCAGCACAAUGGUAACUCCAUAUCCAUCUGAGACUACAGGGCUGGAGAGUUGAAACCUCCAUCUGGACUACCAUCAUUCUUACUGUACCCCAACAAAACUGGGCUGAACUGUGUUUAACUGGUCUGAGCUAGGCUGAACUGGGCCUAACUGGGUUAAACUGUGUCAUGCUAAGCUUCCCCUUUUGGUGAUUCUUCUGUCUUGCAGGGAAUCCUCACUGUAAAGCUUUGUCUGAGUACAGGAGGAAAGGAAGAGGGAAGGAAAUGCGACAGAUGGGUUUAUUUUGCAGCUCUAUUUGUGAACUUUUGGGACAUGGCACACGAGGAGCACACGUGAGGGCAAACACAACUCUCAUAAAAGAUGGAUAAAGGUUUUGAAAUAGUCUUGUUACAGACACAGCCAGACAGUUCAAUUCCAAAAGUGUCAAAGUGCAGAUUCAGGGUCAGUUUUCUUUUUCCUAGUAGUGAAGCAUAGGAUUAAGUAAAGGGAAAGAUGAUCUCAGAUCGGUAGAUAGGGUUCACUUUUAUCUGCUUUGGUUCCCAUCUAGUGAUGUACUCGUUCAGUCCAUUAACUUUUUCUUCAGACCGAAAAUGUUCCUCUUCAGGCAGAAAAUAGCCUUCAAGUCUUUACAGAAAAUAUACAGCAAUUAUUUUAUCUGGGUGAUACUUCUAUAAUGAAUUACUUCUUGCAGUUGCUGGUAAACUGCAUUGUGUGUUUUUAUGGAUUUUUUAUGUUAUAGCAUUGCUUUUCUUUGUUAAAGUAAAAUGUUAGGAGCAGGCAUGUCUGCCAGUGAUGAAAUUAUAAACUUAAUGUUUUUAUGAUAAUCCAGGAGUUAUGAUACUGUACUUCCCUCAUAGCUAAUACUUAUUAAUCGAGGUCAUCCCUCCCGUAAUAAUUGGUGUAAUCAUAUGUGAUUGACUGGCUUGGUCUACGGUACCAGCGUCAAAUUGCCGACAAGGUCAUGAAAUAUUGUACUACUGACAAAUAUUAAAAGUAGGCCUAAGUUGCCUUGUGAAAUUUAGUGUGUCGAUUCUCAAACUGGUCUGAGAUUCUGCGCACACACACACACACACACACACACGUUUGUGUGUGUGCGCAGAAUCUCAGUGUUUUGACUCUUGACUGGUAAGAAUUUUAGCGUUGGGUAUGAGAGGGUGCAGAUUUAAAAGAUGUGAAGGGAAAAGAAUAAGAAGAGAAGUAGAGCUGAAUCAUUAAUGAAAUACAGUCUCUGUUCUUUAACUUAACACAGAUAAUGUUAACAAAUUGUAUUCUAUUGUAUCAGUACUUUAAUGUUUACAUUAUGGAAUAUAAACAUGGGCAUUGCUGGUGCUGUGGAGAGAUGACAAAAAAGUGAAAUGGGGAAAUGUGAUUGAGAGAAGGUUGAGUAGCCAGAGCAUGGUUGUUAAGCAGUAGUAUUAUUGUUAGAAAAACUAUGUAGCUUAUGUUAGUUCAAAUAUAUUAAACUAUUUGGACUUUUUUAUAGGCGUUAUCCUUUUUUUAAUAGACAUGUACUGUAAUACAAUUGCUACUCUAACAAGAUAUUUUAAAUGAUACAAAUGUUAGUAUUUAUAUACAUCUGUGCUGGGAUUUUUAUACAUAUGGCUUUUGUCCAAGUCUGUCAUAUUGCAGUUGUCCCAGAUCAACAAGACAUGUCCUUAUGUUCCUAUGCUGUCUGUGCAUCAUUGAAUGAUAUUAUUUUGCACUCAAUACAUUUUGGUCAUGACUAAUUAA